AUGGAACUGGACCGAAUUUCCAGUGAUCCCAUUACCAAAACCCAAGUGUGCACCUGCGUGGAGAUGGAGGACUAUGACCUGGCAGGAACGAUUGAUUGGGACCCUCUUCCUGCUUCAGCUUCCUGCUGGGGUGGCAGGGACCUUCGCUUUAACAGAAUUAGAGAGAUCCAGCCGGGGACAUUCAGGAGACUAAGAAACUUGAACACACUGCUUCUCAACAACAAUCAAAUCAAGCGGAUACCCAGCGGAGCAUUUGAGGACUUGGAGAAUCUGAAGUACCUCUAUUUGUACAAGAAUGAGAUCCAGUCAAUUGACAGGCAAGCGUUUAAGGGACUUGCCUCUCUAGAGCAACUGUACCUGCACUUUAAUCAAAUAGAAACUCUGGACCCAGAAUCAUUUCAACACUUGCCGAAGCUUGAGAGACUAUUCUUACAUAACAACCGGAUUACACAUUUAGUCCCGGGGACGUUUAAUCACUUGGAAUCUAUGAAGAGACUGCGGCUGGACUCAAAUGCACUUCACUGUGACUGUGAGAUCCUGUGGCUGGCGGAUCUGCUGAAGACUUACGCCCAGUCGGGGAAUGCACAGGCGGCGGCCACCUGCGAGUACCCCAGACGCAUCCAGGGCCGCUCAGUGGCCACCAUCACCCCGGAGGAGCUGAACUGUGAAAGGCCCCGGAUCACAUCGGAGCCACAGGAUGCGGACGUCACCUCGGGGAACACAGUGUACUUCACCUGCAGGGCCGAGGGCAACCCCAAGCCUGAGAUCAUCUGGCUGCGGAACAAUAACGAACUGAGCAUGAAGGCAGAUUCUCGCUUAAACCUGCUGGACGAUGGCACCCUGAUGAUCCAGAACACGCAGGAGACCGACCAGGGCAUUUACCAGUGCAUGGCCAAGAACGUGGCCGGGGAGGUGAAGACGCAGGAGGUGACCCUGAGGUACUUUGGGUCUCCAGCACGACUGGCAUUCGUGAUCCAGCCACAGAACACAGAGGUGCUGGUGGGCGAGAGUGUCACGCUGGAGUGCAGCACCACGGGCCACCCCGCGCCGCGGAUCACCUGGACACGAGGGGACCGGACCCCCUUGCCAGCCGACCCCCGGGUGAACAUCACCCCCUCUGGCGGCCUCUACAUACAGAACGUCGCCCAAGAGGACAGCGGGGAGUACACGUGCUUCGCGUCCAAUGGCAUAGACAGCAUCCACGCCACAGCCUUCAUCAUCGUCCAGGCUCUUCCACAGUUCACAGUGACACCUCAGGACAGAGUGGUCAUCGAGGGUCAGACAGUUGAUUUCCAGUGUGAGGCCAAGGGUUACCCCCAGCCGGUCAUCGCCUGGACCAAGGGAGGGAGCCAGCUUUCGGUGGACCGGCGGCACCUGGUGCUGUCCUCAGGCACGCUCAGGAUCUCCGGGGUGGCCCUGCACGACCAGGGUCAGUAUGAGUGCCAGGCCGUCAACAUCAUCGGCUCCCGGAAGGUUGUGGCUCACCUGACUGUGCAGCCCCGAGUCACCCCGGUGUUCGCCAGCAUCCCCAGUGACCUGACGGUGGAGGUGGGGACCAACGUGCAGCUGCCCUGCAGCUCCCAGGGUGAGCCCGAGCCAGCCAUCACCUGGAACAAGGAUGGGGUUCAGGUAACCGAAAGUGGAAAAUUUCACAUCAGCCCUGAGGGAUACCUGACCAUCAAUGACGUGGGGCCGGCGGACGCAGGUCGCUAUGAGUGCGUGGCCAGGAACACGAUCGGCUACGCCUCGGUCAGCAUGGUGCUCAGCGUGAGCGUUCCCGAUGUCAGUCGAAACGGGGACCCGUUUGUCGCUACCUCCAUUGUCGAAGCGAUCGCGACCGUGGACAGAGCCAUAAACUCGACGCGAACACACUUAUUCGACAGCCGGCCCCGCUCUCCCAAUGACCUUCUGGCCCUAUUCCGGUACCCGAGGGACCCGUACACCGUGGGACAGGCCCGAGCCGGGGAGAUCUUCGAGCGGACGCUGCAGCUCAUCCAGGAGCACGUGCGGCAUGGACUGAUGGUCGACUUAAAUGGCACGAGUUACCACUACAAUGACCUGGUGUCCCCGCAGUACCUGAGCCUCAUCGCCAACCUCUCGGGCUGCACCGCGCACCGGCGCGUGAACAACUGCUCGGACAUGUGCUUCCACCAGAAGUACCGGACCCACGACGGCACCUGCAACAACCUACAGCACCCGAUGUGGGGCGCCUCGCUGACCGCCUUUGAGCGCCUGCUGAAGGCCGUGUACGAGAACGGCUUCAACACGCCACGUGGCACCAGCCCCCGGCGGUCAUACCACGGCCACGCGCUGCCUAUGCCGCGCCUGGUGUCCACCACGCUCAUCGGGACGGAGGUGGUCACGCCCGAUGCACAGUACACACACAUGCUCAUGCAGUGGGGGCAGUUCCUGGACCACGACCUGGACUCCACCGUGGUGGCCCUGAGCCAGGCCCGCUUCUCCGACGGGCAGCCCUGCAGCUCGGUGUGCGGCAGCGACCCGCCUUGCUUCUCUGUCAUGAUCCCCCCCGACGACCCCCGCGCCCGCGGUGGAGCACGCUGCAUGUUCUUCGUGCGCUCCAGCCCCGUGUGCGGCAGCGGCAUGACGUCCCUGCUCAUGAACUCUGUGUACCCGCGGGAGCAGAUCAACCAGCUCACCUCCUAUGUCGACGCGUCCAACGUAUACGGCAGCACAGACCACGAGGCCCGCGCUGUGCGGGACUUGGCCGGCCACCGCGGCCUGCUUCGCCAGGGCAUCGUGCAGAGGUCCGGAAAGCCGCUGCUACCCUUCGCCACCGGGCCCCCCACCGAGUGCAUGCGGGAUGAGAACGAGAGCCCCAUCCCCUGCUUCCUGGCCGGGGACCACCGUGCCAACGAGCAGCUGGGCCUGACCAGCAUGCACACGCUCUGGUUCCGUGAACACAACCGCAUCGCGGCCGAGCUGCUGGCCCUGAACCCGCACUGGGACGGGGACACCAUCUACUACGAGACCCGCAAGAUCGUGGGUGCUGAGGUCCAGCACAUCACCUACCAGCACUGGCUGCCCAAGGUGCUGGGGGAGGUGGGCAUGAAGAUGCUGAGCGAGUACCGUGGCUAUGACCCCAGCGUCAACGCCGGCAUCUUCAAUGCCUUCGCCACUGCUGUCUUCCGCUUCGGCCACACGCUGGUCAACCCCGUGCUCUACCGGCUGGACGAGAACUUCGAGCCCAUCGCGCAGGGCCACGUCCCCCUGCACAAGGCCUUCUUCUCGCCCUUUCGCAUCGUGAACGAGGGCGGCAUCGACCCGCUGCUCCGGGGCCUGUUCGGCGUGGCCGGGAAGAUGCGCGUGCCCUCCCAGCUGCUCAACACGGAGCUCACCGAGCGCCUCUUCUCCAUGGCGCACACGGUGGCCCUCGACCUGGCAGCCAUCAACAUCCAGCGUGGCCGUGACCACGGCAUCCCGCCCUACCAUGACUACCGGGUCUACUGCAACCUGUCGGCCGCCCACACAUUCGAGGACCUGAAGAACGAGAUCAAGAACCCCGACAUAAGGGAGAAGCUGAAGAGGCUGUACGGCUCCCCGCUCAACAUCGACCUGUUCCCGGCCCUCAUGGUGGAGGACCUGGUGCCUGGCAGCCGGCUGGGGCCCACGCUCAUGUGUCUGCUCAGCACGCAGUUCCGGCGUCUGCGGGAUGGGGACAGGCUAUGGUACGAGAACCCAGGGGUGUUCUCCCCCGCCCAGCUGACGCAGAUCAAGCAGACCUCGCUGGCCCGGAUCCUGUGCGACAACUCGGACAACAUCACACGCGUGCAGGCGGAUGUGUUCAGGGUGGCCGAGUUCCCCCACGGCUACGGCAGCUGCGAGGAUGUCCCCAGGGUGGACCUCCGUGUGUGGCAGGACUGCUGUGAAGACUGCAGAACCCGGGGGCAGUUCAAUGCAUUUUCCUACCACUUCCGAGGCAGACGGUCCCUGGAAUUCAGCUACCAGGAGGACCAGCCAGCCGGGAGAACCAGGCCCCGAAGGGGACUGAGUGUCGGAAAACACAGCAAACUCCCGGGCAAUGCCACAGCAGCACUCUCUGAGUACUCAGAAGGCCUGGCCACAAACGACUUCAAAGACUUUGUCCUGGAAAUGCAGAAUACCAUCACAGAGCUCAGAAAGCAGAUAAACAAGCUCGAGUCCCGGCUCAGCGCCUCAGAGUGUGUGGACACCGACGGCCGGUCGCAUGCCAACAACACAAAGUGGAAAACGGACUCCUGCACCACGUGCGCGUGCAGCGACGGGCAGGUCACCUGCUUUGUGGAAGCCUGCCUGCCUGCCUCCUGCCCGGCACCCGUGAAAGCCGAAGGCACAUGCUGUCCAGUCUGCCCAAAGAAAGCCCUGGAGGAGAAGCCCUAGGUACUGGUGGAGCUCCUGGGGGUCAUCUGCGUGUCUUCGGGAGAUGGCAUGCCGACCGGAAGUGAAGACUGAAGGCUACACGGGGACUGAGACCCACCGGGACCUUGGGCCAGGCCUCGGGGUUGCAGCACAGGCUGCUCGGGCCCACGUCCGUGCCAAGGAAAUAGAGCAGACAGGAAGGGGGCAGACACGUCCUCACUACGUGUCAGACUUCUCAGGUUUUUAUUUAAUUAUUUUAAGAUGAAAAUUUGGUGCUACCAUUAAAUUGCACAGUUCAAUCUUUAGGCUCCUAAAUUCAUGCCAGCUCCCGAGAAUCCCUUUCCAGUGGAGCAGGGUCCCUCUGCACAUCCCUGUGCCUGAGUCUGGGGCCAGGCAGGUGGCACCCAUCCUGGGAACGGAGUCCUGGAGCAUCUGGGUGACAUCACA